UCAGGACCAGGGGAAUUUACUGUAAAAAACCUAGGUAUAUGACACGUGUUUGGGUCAUGCAACUCAGAUAGUUCUGACACUGAAAAUACCAUGAACUCAGUGUUGCUGUUUUAAUUAUCGUCUGUCCAAUCACACAUUCAAGUGCAUAAACGUCGAAUGGAGUCUACAAUUGUUUUUUUUUUAUUUAGCAAUGGUUGGACGACUUGAUCAUAUGUUUUCCGGUUGAUGCAAGAAAUAAUAUUAUUUCGGAUAACAACACGUGUCAGUUUGGUUGUUAAAUAUCGCUUCAAGGAUGGGUACCGACCUUCAUUGAUGCUGAACUGUGCAUAAUAUAGCUGUCAUAUAGGAAACAGUACUGACACUGAACGCUCUAUGCUGAGAUAUACCUUUCACGUAGACUUUGACAAGGGACUUUUAUCUUAACUACAAAAUACACCAUGUCAGAUGCGGCUACAGAGAAUGGAGCUUCUACCAUUGUAGAUGAAAAAGUAAAGGAUGGUACUAUAACGGAUAUUGUUAUUACUGAAAGGGAAAAUGACGAUGCUAAACACCAGAACGGCGAUGCUAAGCAACAGAAUGACGAUGCUAAGCAACAAAAUGGCGACUCUAGGCAACAGAAUGGCGAUGCAAAACAGCAAAAUGGCGGUAACAAAAAACAAAACGAAGACACUUCCAGUUCCGGCGAAGAUAAACUGGAGGAGAAAAAAGAAGACGCACCGGCAGUUGGCGUUUUUGAAAUUUUCAAAUUUGCAGACAAGUGGGAUGUCAUUAUGAUGAUAGUUGGUGCCUUUGGCGCCGUAGCGCACGGCAUAGCAUUGCCUUGUCUUAUCAUCGUUUUUGGCGAGAUGACCGACUCAUUUGUGGACUCAGGAAAAUAUUCUGGGAUUUUGACUGACAUCGCACUGUUUCUCACUAAUGUGGGGAUCACUCGCGAUCAAGCACUGAAAGCGCCUUCCCUUCUGCUACCCUACUUAACUGACAUAAAGACAAACUACACCACAGUGGACACUACAGUGAUACAGAGACAAGUGGACAACGACUUCCUUGAAGACAUGGAAAAAUUUGCACUGUAUUACGUUGCCAUCGCUGUUGGUGUUUUGGUAUGCGCAUACUUUCAAGUCACAUUUUGGAUUCUUUCUUCUGAACGGCAAAUCCAUAGAAUACGAAAGGCGUUCUUUCGGAACAUAAUGCGACAGGAUAUAGGCUGGUUUGACACACACGAGACGGGAGAGCUGAACACAAGGCUCACCGACGAUAUAAACCAGAUUCACGAAGGCAUAGGUGAUAAAGUGAGUACAUUUCUCCAGUGGUUCUCGUCCGCCAUUGCAAGCUUCAUCAUAGGGUUCAUAUAUGGAUGGCAACUUACACUGGUCAUGUUGUCGGUGGCGCCACUUCUCGGCGUGGCGGCGGGCGCUAUGUCCAAGAUAAUGGCGUCCAUGUCGUCGAAGGAGCUAAGUGCAUAUGCCAAGGCGGGCGCAGUGGCUGAGGAGGUUCUCGGCUCAGUCAGGACCGUGGUGGCCUUUGGAGGUGAACGUAAGGAGUGUCAAAGGUACAACAAGCACUUAAAAGAGGCACGUGACAUUGGUGUGAAGAAGUCGUUAGGUAACGGCUUGUCCUUUGGUGUGACGUAUAUGUUGAUUUUCCUUACUGACUCCCUCGGGUUCUGGUAUGGUGCAAAGCUGACAAGGGAUCAGCCUGAUCUCUACAGCCCUGGGACUAUCCUCAUUGUAUUUUUCAGCAUCGUUAUUGGUGCCUUCGCUAUGGGCAAUGCCAUGCCCAACCUACAGGCUUUAUCCUCUGGUAGAGGAGCAGCUUAUAUGGUUUAUAAGCUUAUUUCACUGGUUCCUGUCAUUGACAGUAAUUCCGAAGAAGGAAAGAAGCCAGGGAGUGUCGAAGGUACUAUCAAAUUUCAGAAGGUAAAAUUUAGGUAUCCAGCACGUGAGGAUGUAGUUGUUCUUGAUGGCAUUGACCUUGCUAUCGAUAAAGGUCAGACGGUUGCCUUGGUUGGAUCAAGUGGAUGUGGAAAGAGUACUGUCGUACAGCUUCUUCAACGGUUCUACGACCCUCAAGAAGGACAGAUUCUGAUAGAUGACGUCGACAUAAAGGAACUGAAUGUAAAAUGGUUACGACAGCACAUCGGGAUCGUGAGCCAGGAACCGAUACUUUUCGCCACUACCAUUGCAGAAAAUAUCCGUUACGGCCGAGAGGGCGUCACCGAUCGCGAGAUCGAGAAUGCUACCAAGAUGGCUAAUGCUCACAACUUCAUCAUGGAUCUCCCGGAUAAAUACGAGACACUGGUUGGAGAGCGAGGAGCUCAGCUGAGUGGUGGUCAGAAGCAACGAGUGGCUAUCGCACGUGCCCUAGUCAGGGAUCCACGUAUACUCCUACUGGACGAAGCCACGUCGGCCCUCGACACUGAGAGUGAGGCUGUUGUACAAGAAGCUCUCGAUAAGGCUCGAGCAGGCAGGACCACCUUAGUUGUUGCACAUCGACUGACUACAAUUAAAACCGCGGAUACCAUAGCUGGUUUUAAAGAUGGCGUCAUAGCCGAGAGGGGAACCCAUGACCAAUUAAUGCAGAAGGGCGGUAUCUACAGUACACUUGUCAAACUGCAGACGAAGAGCUCAGGAGGUGACAAUAACCUGCUUGAGAAGGCGACAGAUACUGGGAAUAAAAUACAUCACACAGUUGGUGGGAUAGACGCAGACGCUGGCAAGGAUGAUGCUGAAAAAGAGGAGGAAAUUAAAAACAAAGGGUCGUUUGGAAGGAUUAUGCGCAUGAAUGCCCCUGAAUGGUAUUUCAUCAUCAUCGGCUGCAUUGGAAGCAUCAUGUUUGGUGCUGUUCAGCCAGCUUUUGCCGUCCUUUUCGCCGGGAUUCUGGAGGCAUUUGCGUCAACAGAUACUGAAUACCAGAAAAGAGAAAUUGCAAAAUACGUCGCCAUUUUAGUAGGGAUCGCAGUGGGAAGCUUUAUUGCUUUGACUCUCCAAGGAUACAUGUUUGGGAAAUCAGGUGAAAUCUUAACUAUGAGACUACGAAGUAUGAGUUUCAAAGCCAUGCUUAGACAGGAAAUAGCGUACUUUGACGACCAUAAGAACAAUACAGGAGCGCUAACCACGAGGCUGGCCACAGAAGCAUCUGAUGUCAGGGGAUCAUCGGGAGCAAGAAUGGGCAAGCUCUUAGAAAACAUAGCUAACAUGGGAACGGCCCUAAUCAUAUCAUUUAUAUAUGGGUGGCAGCUUACCCUAAUCAUCAUAGCGUUCAUACCCAUCAUAGCUGCCGCAGGAGCUCUUGAAUUUCAACUCCUCUCGGGAGUAGCUGGCAAGAACAAAGAGGCACUAGAGGGCGCUGGCAAGGUAGCAACAGAGGGCAUUGGGAACAUCCGAACGGUAGCAAGCUUAACAAAAGAGGAGACUUUUUUCAAUCUGUACGUUGCAGGUUUAAAUACACCGUACACUGCGGCGAAGAGGAAGGCUCAUUUGAUAGGAGUGGCGUUUUCGUUCUCACAAUCCGUAGUUUUCUUUUUGCACGCAGCGGCCUUCUACUAUGGUGCCUACCUCGUCAGGGAGGGCGAAAUGGAAUUUGAUGACGUAUUCAAAGUAUUUGCUGCUGUCGUGUUCGGUGCCAUGGCUAUGGGAAACGCAAGUGCAUUUGCACCUGAUGCUUCCAAAGCACAAGUGUCUGCAGGUCAUAUUUUCACAUUGCUGGACAGAAAACCAAUUAUAGAUACCGAAUCGGAUGAUGGGAUAAAACCAAAUGAUGAAAAAUUCGACAGCAAGGUUACAUUUGUAAACGUGGAGUUCCGGUACCCCACUCGACCCGACAUUCAGGUGCUUCAGGGACUGAACCUAACGGUGGAGCCAGGUCAGACACUAGCAUUGGUUGGGACCAGUGGGUGCGGCAAAAGUACGACAGUACAACUCAUUGAGAGGUUCUAUGACACUGAGGAUGGAUCGGUGAUGCUGGACAAACACAACGUGAAGGACAUGAAUAUCCAUUGGCUACGAUCCCAGAUCGGUAUUGUGUCCCAGGAGCCAGUGCUGUUUGACUGCAGCAUUGCUGAGAACAUUGCCUACGGCGACAACGAUCGUGUGGUGCCAAUUUCGGAGAUCAUCGAGGCUGCUCGCAAAGCCAACAUUCACCAGUUCAUCGAUGCUCUACCAGAUGGUUAUGAAACCAAUGUUGGAUCAAAGGGGACACAACUCAGUGGAGGACAGAAACAACGAGUUGCAAUUGCACGUGCGUUGAUCAGAAAUCCUAAGAUACUGCUGUUAGACGAGGCCACAUCUGCUUUAGAUACGGAAAGUGAAAAGGUUGUGCAGGAAGCUUUGGACAAGGCAAGAGAAGGCAGAACAUGUAUCGUCAUUGCUCAUCGUCUGUCCACUAUCCGUAACGCUGACAAAAUCUGCGUUAUUAGGACAGGGAAGGUCAUGGAGGAGGGUCGGCAUGGAGACCUGAUGGCCAAACAAGGCAUCUACUUCAAACUCAAUAAUGCACAAUCUGGACAAAGUUAACUAGUAGAUCUAAAGCUUGGUACUGCAUAUACACUAAAUGGGGCAUUGUGGUUUAAAACAGAAUUUAUUUCAUAUUCAUCCAUCCACCAUUUUGUCAACAGGAUAUAACCUGGUGGUGUAAAAUGGAGUUAAUUCCGAACUCAUCAAUACCCAUUCUGGCCCCACACUUAAUACAUGUAUACAAGUGUUCUACUAAACUCAAAUUAUGGGAUUCAGCCCUGAAUUGGAGUAAGAACUUGGGAAUAGCUUGAUGAAUAUCGGUCCCAGACUACAUUGUGUUUUCUGCAUUGGCGAUUGGUUGAACUAUUAUUGUAGCUUUUAUAUCUUAUACAUAUUCAUUAUGAAUCGCAUUCAAAAAUUCUACUUUUGUUAAAAAAAAAUGUUUCGAUGUUGUACGUCAAUAUUUGUAUAGAAUUUAAUGAACAUGACUUUCUAUUUCAUGACAAUCAAAAGAAAUUGUCUGUAUUUUCCGCAUUGGCGAUUGGUUAAACUAAUAUUAUUGUAACUUUAUAUCAUAUUCAUUAUGAAGCGCAUUUGAAGAUCGUUGCUGUAUAUCAAAAUUGUAUAGAAUUCAAUGAACAUUUCAUUUACUGGACAAUCGAAAGAAAUUGUUUGGGCGCAUCGAAAUUCUUUUACCUUGUGUAUACGAUACAUUUUGUUGAUUUUGAAGAAUAAUAAACAAUGAUGUUGAUUCCGUUGGCAAAAUGGGUCGUACAGUUCAAUAUAUUUCUAUUAUUGUAUCAAAGUUAAUACAUUAACAUUUUAAUGGAGUGAAAUUAGAUAAAAAAAAAAAAAGGAUUUCCAGUCUUUAAUCUAUAAUAUAUGAAUCCGCCAUAAUCAGCAAAAUACGUGUACAAUUGUACGAUACACAAGUUGCUUGUGUUACUACUCUCCACUACAACUCGACUGUUCAGGUUGUAAGACAUUCUCCUAGUUAUCCCGACCCCACGCAUAAUUGAGGUAGAUCUUAUUUGUGUACUCAUUAAUAGUGCCAUUAAUCAUUCGUUGCAAAAAAAAUACAUACACCUCUUUGACAAAAGUUAUUCAUCUUUCCACACAUAUUUUUCAUUCUAUGUUUUUCCUGGUUUUUGAUGUGGGUGUUUUUAAUACAUGUCUAUAGAUAAAACGUCCGCAUAGUGAUGAUAUAUAUUUGUUUAACUUUAAAGUCAUUUUUUUUUCCAAUUUUGUUAUUUUAGCCUUGAUUGAUAGACACAGUAUUUUUCUUUGGGCAAGGUAUAGAUAAGGUGAUCAAUAUUUGAGAGAUGAAAUAUCGAGAAAAAAAAGAUUUACCAAAGAUUCCCAUGGUAGGCUUUGUAACAUACAUGUAGUAACUAUAGAUUACACAAAUCGGUCGCUGGGAUAAAACUCAAGCCAGAAAAUAUUAUAUGAGAGGGCAGAAAUAUUCACCGAGAGGACAUGAAUUUCGACUAUUUUUGAAAAUUGCCCACAUAUUUCAUCCCAAGCCUUUGAGUCGCUUAUCAUAUUCCUCAUUUCCAGGGUAGAUUGCAUCAAGUGCAAUGUCAGACUUCGGGCAUGACCAUUUAACCCUUUUACCACUGUAGACCAUAAUGGACUCAUCUAGAUCAAUGCAUGGUAGAGUCUACUUAAGUUACAUAGGAGUGAAAGGGUCAAUAAUUCUUCUCCUCGGUUUGAACUUUUGUCACACCCUCAAAGCAGGCAAAGAUUAUAUUAUUGAAAGUUGGAGGCGCGUAUUAAACUUGACAAUCAUGGAUUUUUCUCCAUAGCUAGAGUAGGUAUGUUGUCUUCCCUUUUAUUUGGACGUUUGUUAGUCACAGUGAAAAUAUAUCUCCAUGUACUUAAUAUCAUACUUUACCCGUCAAAUACCGGUGUCAUAUGCAUGUCAUUAUUAUUUAUCGUUGCAUAAAUCAACGAUCAGAAAAAAGAUAUUCAAACGACUGUUACAAUAUAUUUGACUAUUUUACAUAAUAAAACAGCAGU